AUGGUCGGCGUAAAACGUCCCGUCGAUGCGGGCGAUGAGCGCAAUGGGAAGCGAACCAAGACCAAGACAGCGCCCGUGACAACCAAAAAGGCCAAAUCCGCGCCAGUGAAGAAGUCUGUCACGCAGAAGAGUUCGAAGAAGGAUGUCAAGUCUGGAAAGAAGGACAAGAAGUCUAAGAGGAAGGUAGAGGAGGAAGAGGAGGAGUUUGACGAUGACGAGGACGACUUCGAUAUCGAUGAUAUUCCGGACUCUGAGGCCGAUGAGGAUGAGGAUGAGGAUGUCCAGAUGGGUAGUGCGAGUGACGAUGAUGAGGAGGAAGACGUUCAGCAGGAGAAGAAGCAGAAGGUCAAGGCGCCCGCUGCCUCAACGAAAGCAGAGCCCCCGAAGAAUAGUAAUUCCUCUCGCGAAGCACAUGCAAAGCAGAAGACCCUUCUACAAGAGCGCAAAGCCGCGAAGCCUAACGCCGACAUCAUAGCUCGGUCAAAGCAGCUGUGGGAACGUCUGCGUCGCAAGUCUCACGUCCCGCUUGAGGAACGGAAGAAACUCAUUGCCGAGCUUUUUGAGAUCAUCAAUGGGAGAGUCAGGGAUUUCGUUUUCAAGCACGAUUCCGUCCGGGUCAUUCAGACGGCUCUGAAGUACGCCAACCUCGAUCAGCGGAAGCAGAUCGCACAGGAACUCAAGGGUCACUACAACGAGCUGGCGCAGAGCCGCUACGCUAAGUUCCUAGUCGGCAAACUGCUUGUUCAUGGUGAUACCGAAGUGCGCGACCUGAUCAUACCGGAGUUUUAUGGACACGUUAAGCGGCUCAUUCGCCACCCUGAAGGCUCGUGGAUUUUGGAUGAUGUCUACCGGACGGUUGCGACCAAGCAACAAAAGGCGACGCUUCUUCGGGAGUGGUAUGGUCCUGAGUUUUCGAUAUUUAAGGAUGAACAGGCAUCUGGCGAGCUGUCAGAGAUUCUGGAGAAGAACCCCGAGAAGAGAUCACCCAUUAUGCACUUCCUGCACGAGAUGAUCAACCAGCUGGUGCAGAAGCGGACGACCGGGUUUACGAUGCUGCACGAUGCCAUGCUUCAGUACUUCCUCAACACAAAACCCGGCAGUUCAGAGGCCAACGAGUUCAUUGAGCUGCUCAAGGGGGAUGAAGAGGGAGACCUUCUGAAGAACCUGGCUUUCACCAAGUCUGGCUCGCGAGUAAUGUGUCUGAGCUUGGCCUACUCCAACGCCAAGGAUCGGAAGCUGCUCACUCGCGCUUACCGCGAUACCAUCAAGAUGAUGGCCGCGGACCUCCACGGCCACAUGGUUCUCCUGGCCGCCUACGAAGUCAUUGAUGACACCAAAUUGACGUCGAAGUUGAUUUUCCCCGAGCUGCUCAACCAAAGCAUGGAAGAGGAGGCGCGCAAUGAUGAGCUUCUGUAUCAGGUUAACGACCUGACGGCGCGGAUACCGAUUCUCUUUCCCUUUGCCGGAGACCGCGUCAAGUGGCUUGUACCAGAGGCCGACCAGGAAGUGUUGAAGGAGAUUCGGGAGAUCCGAAAGGAGACCUCGAAGAAGGAGCCUGCUGUUCGUCGCCAGGAGCUGGUCAAGGCGGCAUCCCCUACCCUCCUUAAUUUCAUAGCCGCUCGCGCAGAGUCUCUCCUGGAGACCAGCUUCGGAUGCCAAUUCAUCGCCGAGGUGCUGUUCGACGCUGACGGUGACAAGACCCCCGCCCUAUCGGCCGUUGCCGCCGCCGCCAAGGUCAAAUCAGACAUGAAGGACUCGCCUUUCUUCGGACGACUGCUCAAGUCCCUGGUCCAGGGAGGUCGGUUCAAUACCGCGGAGAAGGUAGUGGAGAAGGUGCAGCCGCCUCUGAACUUCCAUGCCCUACUGUACGAGCAGAUCAAGGACGAGAUCAUGACCUGGGCCACGGGACCCAAUACGUUCGUUGUGGUUGCGCUAACGGAGUCGGACGAGUUUGCUAAGAAGGACGAGCUGUUGAAGACGCUGAAGAAGGGUAAGAAGGCGCUGGAGCAGGCGGCUGCGGAGAGCGGCAAGGAUGAGAAGAAGAAGGCUGGACCGACCAGCAGCGGAGCCAAACUGCUACUGGAGAAGAUUCGAUGA